AUGCUGCUGUUUUGUGAUGCCCUGGAGAAGCUGAGGACAAAUCGUGAUAAAGAGCCCCAUGUGGAGCUGGAUUUCCAGGAUGACUUGGAAGGUCUCACCAAGUAUUUGCAUUCAGGUCCAGAGGAGCAAGAGUACGCUUUGUUCCGGACUACUAUUAAAAAACAGUAUGCAGAUGACCAGAAUCAAAAAGCCAUCUGGUGGCCACGCAAAAGGCAGCCAGGCAAUAUGACUCCCUUCUAUACUACCUGGUGGAACAUUGUGAUACCUAUCAUGUGGUUUGUGGUCUCCUCUUCCUACCGCCUGAAGCUCUGGCUGCAGUUUCCUCAACCUGACUGUCCCACCAAAUUGCAAGGAGAGCUCAACUCCUUCCUCUGGACCAUCCGCCGCAACCCCCCCGCAUAUCUCUUUGGCACCAUCCACGUGCCCUACACACGGGUGUGGGACUUCAUCCCUGACAACUCCAAGGCCGCCUUCCAUGCCAGUUCCAGCGUCUACUUUGAGCUGGACCUCACCGACCCCUACACCAUCUCAGGGCUGGCCAGCUGCCAGAUGCUGCCCCACGGGGAGAACCUGCAGGACGUGCUGCCGCGGGAGCUGUACCGCCGCCUCAAACGCCACCUGGACUACAUCAAGCUGAUGCUGCCCCACUGGAUGACCCCGGACCAGCGGGGCAAAGGGCUCUACGCUGACUACCUCUUCAACGCCAUCGCUGGCAACUGGGAGCGCAAGAGGCCCGUCUGGGUGAUGCUCAUGGUGAACUCUUUGACGGAGACGGACAUCCGCUCCAGAGGGGUGCCGGUGCUCGAUCUCUACCUCGCCCAGGAGGCCGAGAGGAUGAAGAAGACGACGGGUGCAGUGGAGAGGGUGGAGGAGCAGUGUCACCCGCUGAAUGGGCUCAACUUCUCCCAGGUGCUGUUUGCUCUAAAUCAAACUCUGCUCCAACACGAAAGCCUCCGAGCAGGUAGUUUGCAGGCCCCAUAUACCACUGAAGAUCUCAUCAAGCACUAUAACUGUGGAGACCUGAAUGCUGUCAUAUUCAACCAUGACACUUCUCAGGUCCCUAACUUCAUCAACACAACGCUCCCACCCCAUGAGCAGGUGACGGCUCAGGAGAUAGACAGCUACUUCAGACAGGAGCUCAUCUACAAGAGGAAUGAGAGGAUGGGGAAAAGAGUGAUGGCGCUUUUAAGGGAGAACACAGACAAGAGCUUCUUCUUUGCCUUUGGAGCAGGUCACUUCCUGGGUAACAACACUGUGAUUGAUGUACUGAGACAAGCAGGAUUUGAAGUGGAGCACACCCCUCCUGGACAACCAAUUGGAAAUUCAAGGAUGACAAAAACAAGCCCAGCCUUGGAAGGGUCCUCAGCAAUAGCCCUGCCAGCUGUCCAGCUUUCUGAGCAGGUCCCACUGAUGUCUCCUUCCCUGAAGCCCCUGCAGAUGGACGAAGAAGACAGCCUGUCUCCUCACCUCCUGUUGCCAGAUAGCAUCAGCCAGCUGGAAGAGUUUGGCAGGCAGAAGAAAUGGCACAAGAAGCAGCACAAACACCAUCGGCAGAGGCAGUUCAAUGACCUCUGGGUUCGGAUAGAAGACAGCACCACCACAUUGCCUUCCUAUAUCAGAAUAACCAAUGGCUACAUCACAGUCAAACCUCCCAUUUGGAUUUCAAACCGGCUGGAUCAGAGACCACGUUCGGAUCGCCCAUCCCAGCCUCAGCCUACAAGCUCAGCUUCAGCCAGCCUUUUAUGGCCGUCAAUAACUUCUCCUCUCUGUGUGGCCAUAGCUUCUUUUCUCCUGAAUCUACUGCAGCCUUCCUGACCACAUUAGUAUUACGUGCAAUCCCUUGGAAUAGAGAAGAGAGAUAAUUUAUGAAUGAAUUGGAGGUUAUGACAACAACAAUUACAAACUGGACCUUCUCAGUGAAUCAGUAGUGCCUUCUAGCUGAUUUUGUCUCUUUGCCCAGAUACAUUUUGAAACUCUAAAGCUUUAUUGUAACACUGACUUACAUCUUCUUUUUGUAGAAGGAUCUUUAUUUCCCAUAGUGCUAUGGGGUUUUGUAAAAUAUACAUGUUCAUAUAAAGAAAAAAAAAGAAAAAGAAAAAAUGUAUUUAUUCGACUGGUAAACUUAUUUUUCUUGUUGUAUAUGUUAAUAACAUCCCUAUUAAUCAGUAGCGAUGGUGAAACAGAUAAAUUAAUAUUUUCUAUAUUUGUUUUCUAACUGACAACUCUGCAAAUGUCUGAACUGACACCAAAUGAAUGACUUCUUUAUUUCUUUAACCCUUACUUUUUACAGAAACUGUCCAAUACGUACAUGUCUGCUGAACUUUAUUUUACUUUUUUUUAUCUCAUUAGCAUAGAUUACACUGAAUAAAGCAGGUCGUGCUCUCUGUGGCCUAUGCCCAUUAGAAAAAUAGGUGCAUUCUUAACUCGUUAGCUGCUACAACCUAAAAUCCCAGUUAUUUUUAUAUGACUUAGUAAGUCAUUAGUCAAGAUAACCCUCUAAGUUCCCCUGUUGUCUUUAACUCAACUAUUUAACUUCUUUGGAAAUUACCAAUUUCCCUCUUUGCCUUGGGAUUAAUUCAUUAGCUGAUGCAAAUUAAGACACCUUUUUCUUAAUAAAAAAUUGCUUUAAAGUC